AUGAAUCAUCUUCCUCCCUACCUCCCUCAAGAUCAAAGAAUGCAACUGCCCAAUGUCAACAACAACAACACUAACACCGACAACAACAACAAUAGAAACAACAGCAGCAGCAGCAGCAGCAACAAUGUUAAAAAUAACGGCGCCGAAAAUAAGUCGAAGCGUGGUCGUCCACCAGGAUCUAAGAACAAGUCGAAGGCCCCAUUGGUCAUAAGACGUGAGAGUGGCAAUGCAGUGCGGGUGCACGUAAUGGAGGUCCCCACCGGCCAUGACGUCGUCGAGAGCAUUUCCCAGUUCGUGCGCCGCCGCAUGGUCGACAUCAUGGUGACCAGCGGCUGCGGGACCGUCGCCUGCGCGUCCAUCCGCAGCCCGACGGGCUCCACGUUGCAGCUGCGAGGGCCCUUCGAGAUCGUCUCCCUCUCGGGGUCGAUGCUGUCGCCGCCGUCUCUGGCGGCGACGGCGUGUCUGACGGUGCAUCUGGCGAACGGGCACGGACAGAUGGCGGGCGGCGCUGCAGUGGGGCCGUUGGUGGCGCUGGGGCCGGUGAUGGUCACAGCCUUCUCGUUCGACAACGCGUACUUAGAGCGCUUGCCGCUCAUACCCGAGGAGCAGCCGCCGGAACGAAGCGGCACGCAGUUUCAAGUGCCGCCGAUCCUUCCGCCGCCACCUCCGCAGCCAUUGUUGGGCGGCGUUGGCAGCAUCGACACCGCGCCGCUUUUUCAUGGUCAACUCACGGAGCCGGUCAACGACGACUUCCAACUACCAACCGACAAGGAUCUGGAGAUACUAGAAGGAGAGCUGAGGUCGUUAAUAUAA